CCUGGAGCGGCGAGCGGCUGCGCGCAGGCAGCCGCCGGGCGAUGCGCUCCGCCGGCGCCGGUGGAGCCGCGCUCCCUGCAGUCUCUGAGCGCUUCCCCCAGGUGCCCAGCGGCUGUGAGCUGCGGGCGGACGGCCGGGGUGCCAAGUGACAGCGCAAGCGGCGGGGGCGCCAGGAGAACGGCCCAGCCCUGGCAGCCCCAUCGGCCCCCAUCAGCUGAGAUGUUCCCCAAUGGCACCGCCUCCUCUCCCUCCUCUCCUAGCCCCAGCCCAGGCAGCUGUGGCGAAGGCGGAGGCAGCAGGGGCCCCGGGGCCGGAGCUGCAGACGGGAUGGAGGAGCCGGGGCGAAAUGCGUCCCAGAACGGGACCUUGAGCGAGGGCCAGGGCAGCGCUAUCCUCAUCUCUUUCAUCUACUCCGUGGUGUGCCUGGUGGGGCUGUGUGGGAACUCCAUGGUCAUCUACGUGAUCCUGCGCUACGCCAAGAUGAAGACGGCCACCAACAUCUACAUCCUCAACCUGGCCAUCGCCGAUGAACUGCUCAUGCUCAGCGUGCCCUUCUUGGUCACCUCCACGUUGCUUCGCCACUGGCCCUUCGGCGCGCUGCUCUGCCGCCUCGUGCUCAGCGUGGACGCAGUCAACAUGUUCACCAGCAUCUACUGUCUUACUGUGCUUAGCGUGGACCGCUACGUGGCCGUGGUGCACCCUAUCAAGGCAGCACGCUACCGCCGGCCCACCGUGGCCAAGGUGGUGAAUCUGGGCGUGUGGGUGCUAUCGCUGCUCGUCAUUCUGCCCAUCGUGGUCUUCUCGCGCACGGCGGCCAACAGUGACGGCACGGUGGCCUGCAACAUGCUCAUGCCCGAGCCCGCCCAGCGCUGGCUGGUGGGCUUCGUGUUGUACACUUUUCUCAUGGGCUUUCUGCUGCCCGUCGGGGCCAUCUGCCUGUGCUACGUGCUCAUCAUCGCCAAAAUGCGCAUGGUGGCCCUCAAGGCCGGCUGGCAACAGCGCAAGCGCUCAGAGCGCAAGAUCACCCUGAUGGUGAUGAUGGUGGUGAUGGUGUUUGUCAUCUGCUGGAUGCCUUUCUAUGUGGUGCAGCUAGUCAACGUGUUCGCAGAGCAGGACGACGCCACGGUGAGCCAGCUGUCGGUCAUCCUCGGCUAUGCCAACAGCUGCGCCAACCCCAUCCUCUAUGGCUUCCUUUCAGACAACUUCAAGCGCUCUUUCCAGCGCAUCCUUUGCCUCAGCUGGAUGGACAACGCCGCCGAGGAGCCAGUCGACUACUACGCCACGGCCCUCAAGAGCCGCGCCUACAGUGUGGAGGACUUCCAGCCUGAGAACCUGGAGUCCGGCGGCGUCUUCCGUAAUGGCACCUGCACGUCCCGUAUCACUACUCUCUGAGCCCGGGCCAAGCAGGGGCUUUGUACCAAGAGA